CGAUAACUACUCAGAUGAUAUUUGAUCAACAGCAGAACAUUUUUAUUGCCAGUUUGAAGCAUCAUUUUUUAUAACUGGUGAAUUUGGAAGAAGAAAAAAGCAUCAUUACAUCUGGAGAAACACAUUUUUGAUUUUACCUUGGACCAACAAUUCUUGUGAUGACUAAGUGUUUGUUGUUCAUGUGGAAUUUGGUUUAAAAAAAGCGAAGCAUUUUCUUUUCAACAUGACAGAGUUUCUGAAGAUGCACUUUCUCUGUUUGUAACAGUUUUUUGUCAUCUUGUCUUUUCUUACCACCAAGCCAAGGAUAUUUUGCAUUGGAAGUCUAUAAUUUGGGAUGUCUCUGUGGAUCUUUUAAAAAAUUUAAAUAACAACUAGCUCGGGAGACCUGUUGUCACCGGUUUGCUAAAUAAUAUCAACCAAUAACACAACAAGACAAGAAGGAAGCAUUCAUGUUUUAGCUUUUUGCCGUCCAGUUUAUCCUCAGAAUGGUGCAAGGAUCUUAACUAGAUGUGGUAAAAAUGACAAUGAAAAGGAACAGGAAUGGAUCUGAUUGGUCACUGGAGGGCUGGGACACAAAUGAACGCCGUCUCAGCUACAGAUGCACCCUCACCCAGGGCGACUAUGUGUGGUUGGACUUAAAGACUGGUCGGGAGUUUGAGGUGCCAAUCGGUGCGGUGGUCAAACUCUGUGACUCGGGACAGAUCCAGGUGCUGGACGAUGAAGGAAAUGAGCACUGGAUCUCCCCCCAGAAUGCCAGCAACAUCAAGCCAAUGCAUCCCACCUCCAUCCACGGUGUGGAGGACAUGAUCCGCCUGGGAGACCUCAAUGAAGCAGGAAUCCUCCGCAACCUGCUCAUCAGAUACAGAGAAAAACUCAUUUAUACAAACUGUGGUGGCAGGACGUACACCGGCUCCAUCCUGGUGGCCGUCAACCCUUACCAGGUGCUCCCCAUCUACACGGCCGACCAGAUCCGCCUCUACACCAACAAGAAAAUUGGUGAAAUGCCGCCGCACAUCUUUGCCAUUGCUGACAACUGUUACUUCAACAUGCAGAGGAACAACCGCGACCAGUGCUGUAUCAUCAGUGGUGAGUCUGGAGCAGGGAAGACAGAAAGCACCAAACUGAUCCUGCAGUUCCUGGCAGCCAUCAGCGGUCAACACUCCUGGAUAGAACAGCAGGUCCUGGAGGCCAACCCUAUACUAGAGGCCUUUGGCAACGCUAAAACAAUCCGCAACGACAACUCGUCUCGUUUUGGAAAAUACAUCGACAUCCAUUUCAACAAGAGAGGAGCCAUAGAGGGAGCCAAGAUAGAGCAAUACCUGCUGGAGAAAUCCAGAGUUUGUCGACAGGCCCACGAUGAGAGGAACUACCACGUCUUCUAUUGCAUGCUGAAGGGCAUGACUGCAGAUGAGAAGAAGAAACUGGGGCUAAGCAAGGCCACCGACUACACCUACCUGACCAUGGGUAACUGCACAGUGUGUGAUGGCCGAGACGACAUGAAAGAGUACUCCAACAUCCGCUCUGCAAUGAAGGUACUUAUGUUCACAGACAAAGAGUACUGGGAGAUUUCUAAACUGCUGGCUGCUAUAUUACACAUGGGAAACCUCAGAUAUGAAGCUCGUACCUACGACAACCUGGAUGCCUGUGAAGUUGUCCGCAGCCCUCACCUUACCACUGCUGCUACACUGCUGGAGGUGGAUGGUAAGGAUCUGAUGAACUGUCUGACCAGCCGAACUCUGAUCACCAGAGGAGAGACCGUCUCCACCCCACUCAGCAUGGAACAAGCUCGGGAUGUACGGGACGCUUUUGUUAAGGGAAUUUACGGCCGUUUGUUUGUGUGGAUCGUGGAGAAGAUCAAUGCGGCCAUUUACAAGCCUGCGUCCUCACAGCCCAAAGCUUUGAGACGCUCCAUCGGACUGCUGGACAUCUUCGGCUUUGAGAACUUCACUGUCAACAGCUUCGAGCAGCUGUGCAUCAACUUUGCCAACGAGAACCUGCAGCAGUUCUUUGUCCGUCACGUCUUCAAGCUGGAGCAGGAGGAGUACAACCUGGAGAACAUCAACUGGCAGCACAUCGAGUUCACCGACAACCAGGACGCUCUGGACAUGAUCGCCAUCAAACCCAUGAACAUCAUCUCGCUCAUCGACGAGGAGAGCAAGUUCCCCAGGGGCACAGACACCACCAUGCUGAACAAGCUGAACUUUCAGCACAAGCUCCACACAAACUACAUCCCUCCGAAGAACAACCACGAGACGCAGUUUGGCAUCCAACACUUUGCUGGAGUGGUUUACUACGAAACGAGAGGCUUUCUGGAGAAGAACAGAGACACUUUAUACGGUGACAUCAUCCAGCUGGUUCACUCCUCCAAGAACAAGUUCAUCAAACAGAUUUUCCAGGCUGACGUUGCCAUGGGGGCAGAGACCAGGAAGCGGUCGCCCACUCUGAGCAGCCAGUUUAAAAGAUCUCUGGAGCUGCUGAUGAGAACUCUGAGCGUCUGUCAGCCUUUCUUCGUUCGCUGCAUCAAACCCAAUGAAUACAAGAAGCCCAUGUUGUUUGACAGGGAGCUGUGCGUGCGUCAGCUGAGGUACUCGGGUAUGAUGGAGACCAUUCGUAUCCGCCGCGCAGGAUAUCCCAUCCGCUACACCUUUGUGGAGUUCGUCGACCGCUACCGGGUGCUCAUGCCUGGAGUCAAACCGGCUUACAAACAGGAGGACCUGAGGGGAACCUGUCAGAGGAUCGCCGAGGCGGUGCUCGGCAGAGACGAUGACUGGCAGAUGGGAAAGACAAAGAUCUUCCUCAAGGAUCACCACGACAUGCUGCUGGAGAUCGAGAGAGACAAGGCCAUCACGGACAAGGUCAUCCUCAUCCAGAAGGUGGUUCGAGGUUUCAAGGACAGGUCAAACUUCCUGAAGAUGAGGAAGUCGGCUGUGUUGAUCCAGAAGACGUGGAGAGGGUAUCACUGUAGGAAGAACUAUGGAGCUAUGCGAGCGGGCUUCUCUCGCCUCCAGGCUCUUGUUCGUUCCAGGAAGUUGUGUGCGUCGUAUCACGUGGCCCGUCAGCGAAUCACAGGCUUCCAGGGUCGCUGUCGGGGCUACUUGGUGCGCCGGGCGUUCAGACACCGGCUGUGGGCCGUCAUCACCAUCCAGGCCUACACCAGAGGCAUGAUCGCUCGCCGGCUGUACAAAAGGCUGAAGGGAGAGUACCGCAGGCGGCUGGAGGCGGAGAAGCUGCGUCUGGCUGAAGAGACCAAACUGAGGAAUCAGAUGUCUGCGAAGAGAGCCAAGGCCGAGGCAGAACGCAAACACCAGGAGCGUCUGGCCCAGCUGGCCAAAGAGGACGCAGAGCGGGAGAAGAAGGAGAAGGAGGAGGCUCGGAGGAAGAAGGAGAUGGUGGAGCAGAUGGAGAAGGCCCGUUUGGAGCCUGUCAACGACUCCGACAUGGUGGACAAAAUGUUCGGCUUCCUGGGGACGACGGCCUCUUUUCCGGGCCAGGAGGGACAGGCCCCUGCUGGCUUUGAGGACCUGGAGCGGACCCAUCAGGAGCUGGAGGAGGAGGAUCUGGACGAGGCUCUUCCUCUGCCUGAGGACGAUGAAGAGGAGGAUCUAUCGGAGUACAAGUUCGCCAAGUAUGCCGCCACCUACUUCCAGGGCACCACCACACACAGCUACGUCCGGCGGCCCCUCAAACAGCCUCUGCUGUUCCACGACGACGAGGGAGACCAGCUGGCUGCUCUGGCGGUGUGGAUCACAGUGCUGAGGUUCAUGGGAGAUCUGCCGGAACCCAAGUACCACACGGCCAUCAGCGAUGGAAGCGAGAAGAUUCCCGUCAUGACCAAAAUCUACGAGACGCUGGGAAAGAAGACCUACAAGAAGGAGCUGCAGGCACUGCAGGGGGAGGGGGAGAUGCCUCCCGCUGACAGCCACAAGAAAAACAGCGUCCGACACAAACUGGUGUCCCUCACCCUGAAGAAGAAAUCCAAGAUCACCGAGGAGGUUACCAAGCGUCUUAACGAUGGUGAGUACGGUCUGCACGGCAACAGCAUGCUGGAGGACCGACCAACAUCCAACCUGGAGAAACUCCACUUCAUCAUCGGCAACGGGAUCCUGAGACCAGCACUGAGGGAUGAGAUCUACUGUCAGAUCUGUAAACAGCUGAGUCAGAACCCGUCUAAGAGUUCUCACGCUCGCGGCUGGAUCCUCAUCUCUCUGUGUGUCGGCUGCUUCGCCCCUUCAGACAAGUUUGUCAAGUACCUGAGGAACUUCAUCAACAGCGGGCCGCCAGGUUACGCUCCGUACUGUGAAGAGAGACUGAGACGGACAUUUGUCAAUGGGACGAGAACGCAACCUCCGUCCUGGCUGGAGCUGCAGGCCACCAAGUCGAAAAAGCCCAUCAUGCUGCCGGUAACGUUCAUGGACGGCACGACCAAAACACUGCUGACGGACUCCGCCACCACAGCCAACGAGCUCUGCAGCGCUCUGUCCGACAAAAUCAAUCUGCGGGACCGCUUCGGGUUCUCACUCUACAUCGCACUGUUUGACAAGGUCUCGUCUUUAGGCAGUGGGAACGACCAUGUAAUGGACGCCGUGUCGCAGUGCGAGCAAUACGCGAAGGAGCAGGGCGCCCAGGAGAGGAACGCCCCCUGGAGGCUGUUCUUCAGGAAGGAGAUCUUCACGCCCUGGCACCUGCCUGCCGACGACCAGGUCGCCACCAACCUCAUCUACCAACAAACCGUCAGGGGCGUCAAGUUUGGAGAGUAUCGCUGCGACAGGGAUGACCUGGCAGAGCUGGCCUCUCAGCAGUAUUAUGUCGACUAUGGUUCGGAGAUACUACUGGAGCGCCUGCUUAGCCUCAUCCCCUCCUACAUCCCUGACAGAGAGGUCAGCACCUCCAGGACGGUGGAGAAAUGGGCUCAUUUCAUCAUGGCUGCACACAAGAAGGGCAUCUACACCCAGAAGAGGUUUGACCCACAGAAGGUAAAAGAGGAAGUGGUGGACUUCGCUCGCCACAAGUGGCCUCUGCUCUUCUCUCGUUUCUACGAAGCCUUCAAGUUCUCAGGCCCCAUUCUGCCUAAAAACGACCUGAUCGUCGCCGUCAACUGGACCGGGGUUUAUUUUGUGGACGAGCAGGAGCAGGUCCUCCUAGAGCUCUCCUUCCCAGAAAUCACUGCCGUUUCCAGCAGCAGGGGAGGAAAGUUGCAGAGUCAGAGUUUCACUUUGGCGACCAUCAAAGGAGACGAGUACACCUUCACCUCCAACAACGCAGAGGACAUCCGCGAGCUGGUGGUGACCUUCCUGGAAGGCCUGAGGAAGAGGUCGAAGUUUGUGGUCGCGCUGCAGGAUAACCCCAACCCCACUGGGGAGGAGUCCACCUUCCUGAGCUUUCUGAAGGGAGACCUGAUCCUGUUGGACAAGGACACCGGGGAGCAGGUGCUUAAUUCUGGUUGGGCACACGGCGUCAACGAGCGAACCAAUCACAGAGGAGAUUUUCCAGCUGACUGCGUCUAUGUCCUGCCCACGAUGACCCGACCUCAGCAAGAAAUAGUGGCGCUGGUAACCAUGACACCGGACCAGCGACAGGAGUCGGUUCGUGUUUCGCAGCUCGUCCUGCCAGAGAGCGACGGACGGAUAAAACCCUACACACUGGAGGAGUUCUCCUACGACUACUUCAGGCCUCCUCCCAAACACACCCUGAGCAGGGUGAUGGUCAGUAAGAAUCGCGGGAAGGACAAGAUGUGGAGCUGCACCAGAGAGCCGCUAAAGCUGCCGCUGCUGAAGAAAGUGGUCAGCCACGAGGAGCUGGCUCAGGACGCCUGCAUGUCCUUCAUAGCUAUGAUGAAGUACAUGGGCGACUAUCCGUCCAAGCGGAUGCGCUCAGUCAACGAGCUGACAGAUCAGAUCUUUGAAGGAGCACUGAAGGCCGAACCUCUGAAAGACGAGAUCUACUGUCAGGUCAUCAAACAGCUCACGGACAACCAUGUCAAGUACAGUGAGGAGAAAGGCUGGGAGCUGCUGUGGUUGUGUACUGGUCUGUUUCCUCCAAGUAACGUGCUGCUGCCUCACAUCCAGCGCUUCCUCCAGUCCAAGAAACACCACCCACUCUCUGGAGACUGCAUGCAGAGGCUGCACAAAGCUCUACGUAACGGAUCCAGGAAGUACCCUCCUCAUCUGGUGGAAGUCGAGGCGAUCCAACAUAAGACAACCCAGAUCUUCCACAAAGUUUACUUCCCUGACGAUACAGACGAGGCGUUUGAGGUGGAGUCCAGCACCAAAGCGAAGGACUUCUGCCAGAAUAUCUCAACCAGACUGCUGCUCAAAUCUCCUGAAGGCUUCAGCCUCUUCGUCAAGAUCUCUGACAAGGUGAUAAGUGUGCCAGAGGGGGAUUUCUUCUUUGACUUUGUCAGACAUUUAACAGACUGGAUCAAGAAAUCUCGACCAGCCAAAGACGGAAUCGUUCCCUCUCUGACCUAUCAGGUGUUCUUCAUGAAGAAGUUGUGGACCAACACAGUUCCAGGGAAGGACUCCUUCGCCGACUCCAUCUUCCACUACUACCAGGAGCUGCCUAAAUACUUGCGUGGCUACCAUAAGUGUUCACGAGAAGAGGUUUUCCAACUUGCGGCCCUCAUCUACCGCGUCAAGUUUGAGGAUGACAAAUCCCAUUUUCCUACAAUUCCCAAGAUGCUUCGGGAGCUGGUUCCCCAGGAUCUCAUUCGUCAGAUGUCACCGGAUGACUGGAAAAGGUCGUUGGUUGCAUACUUCAACAAGCAUGCUGGUAAAUCAAGAGAAGAAGCCAAACUGAUGUUCCUAAAGCUCAUCUACAAAUGGCCGACCUUUGGCUCCGCCUUCUUUGAGGUCAAGCAAACCACAGAGCCCAACUUCCCAGAGAUCCUGCUGAUCGCCAUCAACAAGCACGGAGUCAGCCUCAUUGACCCGAAGACAAAGGACAUCCUGACUACUCACCCCUUCACCAAGAUCUCCAACUGGAGCAGCGGCAACACUUACUUUCACAUCACCAUCGGCAACCUGGUCAGAGGAAGCAAACUGCUGUGCGAGACCUCGCUGGGCUACAAGAUGGACGACCUGCUGACCUCUUACAUCAGCCAGAUGCUGACCAGCAUGAACAAGCAGCGCUCCGGGCGCGGCCUCAGCAAGUGAACUUCUUACUGGCAGGAGGCCGCCGAGCUCCUCCGGCUCCUGCGCCCUAUUGGCCAACACUGCAGCUGGGGCCGGACCUUCGCCCACCAGCUGUGGAGGAUGAGCCGCAGUCCUUCUGCUAGCUCCGCGGGGUCAAAGCUCACCGGGGAGAGCUCGGCUGCCAGCAGCGAUGACCCCGGCGAAGGCCCUAGCAACCGUCACCACUACGGUUACCGUGACGACGAGGACGAGCCGUCCAGUGAGGAUGACUACCUCUAAAGCCUCCAAACUCUCCGUCACACAGGUCGGUCUGCGGUCGUUUUCAGUCCGUACGGCUGUCAUCUCAACCUUUUUAAUAAAUGUUGCAGUGACCCCAAGCGGCAGCUGCUGUUCACGGCCGCCAUGUUUGAACAUUUUAAGGACUUUGCUACCUGGAAAUACAUCUUUUUUGUUUGCGGGGCUGUCAUGUGACCUUAUACAUCUAUAAACCACAAGUGAGACAGUGUUGGAGUUUAGCAAAAACUUAAAUUAUGUUUUAAUUGGUUAAUCCAUGCUUUUAAUGCCUUUUUAAUUAAUUAUGUUACAAGGAAUUCUUCUUAUUUACAGAUGGAUAGUACUGAUAAAAAUGUGAUAUUAAUGUCAAUAAAUACAUGUACUUAUAAUAAUAAUAAUCACAGGCAUGUUGUCCGUACCUGUUUUCCAUCUUUCUUUGAGUGGUAUGAUUUGAUGAGUCUUUAAUUUAAUUCUGUGUCGUAUUUAAAAAGGUAAUUUGGGGAACACUGCAAAAACCCUGGCUAACCUCCAGGAGUUAACAGGUUACCAUGCCAACGUUAGCGUUCAGCUCAAAGCACAGUGGAGCUGGGAAAUGAGUCUGACCCCAUAAGGUAAACAUGUUUGAUUUGGGUAACAACAUGACCCAAACACUAUGGCACCAUUCUCAGGCUCACCAACGAUAAGGAUCUAAAAGUAUCAGUUUUCAUUCAGACUUUUGUUUUAAUUGUGUGUGUCUGUCUGUCUGUCUGUCUGUCUGUCUUACUGUCUUUCUGUCUGUAACAUUAGAGCAUUACAGGAGCUUUAGUGAAGCUAUAGAUUGCUGGUCCUUCCAAGUUGAGUUUAGAUACUAUUAUACGAUAGUCUUGGCUGUAAUCUUCUCGCAGAAAACACGGUCAGACAGAAACCUUUACGGUGUUGUGUCUUCUGUUCUUUCCUCUCGACUGUUGUGUCAACGGUUAAACUUUUCAUCACUUUGAAUAACUUUGUUUGGGAUUAGAAAAAAAACAUUUAUGCAUUUCUCUGGCCUUUGAACCAAAUAGUGCAACUGAAGUGGCGUUAAGGGACCUGCGGGUUGUUCCGCGAAGCAAAACUCCUGAGUAAGCGAGGUAUGUUUGAGCCUAAAGCCAGAGUUCACGAAGGUGGCUCUCUUUUAACCUGGCUAGAUCGCCAUGGUGAGUUAUGCCGCAUGGCUAGUCCGGCUCAAAAGGAUGAACAUUGUUGGGAUAAAGCCUGACAACAGCUGCGUGGGGGCUUAGCACUGCCCAGGAUGCUUGGGAUUGGUUUAAAGAAAUACAAACAAGCCAGAGAGAGAACCUAAGGUCCCCCCAAAGGUCUGCAUUGAGAGUGCAUUGAGUGGUAAAAUAAAUAUAUUAACUUAUACAUUUAUACACAUUUAGUAAUUUUCUGCCAGCAUUCCUCUCGUAUUGUAUUAUUUGCAGCAACAGUGUUGCUUUUUGCUGUAAUCCUAUUCAUAUUCUUAAUAGGCGGAAGUAGGCGUCUAUUUUGUGCAGUGAUAGAGUGAAAUGAUGCCAAACCCACAGUUUUAUAGGAACAUGCACAGAGCCUGAUGAAGAAAACCGGGGGUAACGAAGCACGUUGGUAACCUGUUAUCUCUGUGGGGCUCAAGGCUUCGUCGAGCCAGCUAACGCAAAGAAAGCCUGGCUCUGACGAACCUGCCUGUGGUACACCCCUCAGAUCUGAUUUAUUGAAAUCUGUGUGACACACUAGAAACAGACCUGUAGGGUGUUUUUAAAUUCCAUGCAUUGAUUGUUUCUCUAUUUCUGCUGCUAUUGUAACGUCCCUCCUGUUUGACAAAAUAAUCGUAACUCAAGGUCCACGUACUAGCUUUUUCUGGGGCUUUUAGUUGCAUCUCAGUGUCCGUGUCAUGUGAUAAUAGGUUCGGACAUUCACAUUAGACACAAAUCCUCUGCACUGGAAAAAGUCUGGUUAUGACAACAUGUCUACUCUGACAGUCUUUUUUUUUUUUUGUCAUUUGUCUUAAUAAAUACUGAGGUUUGCAGAUUAAUUUAUAACUCUGAGGUCUAGAUUUUCCAUCUUUUGUGUUAAAAGUACACCUUUUUUUUUCAGCACAGUUGCCUAAACUUUUCCGGUUUACCAAGAAAUUUACAUGCCGAAGUGUUAGAAAAGUGUGUGCCCUUCUAGUUUGUAAUUACUUGCUGACACGUCACUUUUUGGAAGCCUGCUAUUGGCUGAUUGACUGCUUGAGGGAGGGGAUUUUGGAUAGACACUUUGACUGACUUGACUCCACACUUUUGCUAUAAACUAUUUACAAAAAAAGUUACUUUUAGCUUCUCUAUACAAAACCUGAUUUUUACUGAAGAUGUUUUUACUCAUAAGUCAAAGUUAAGGAUAAUUUUUAAGACUGCUUUUAUACAUACGGCCAGAUCUGUAAACGUUUUAUGAGAUUUCACACAAAAAUAACUAACCUUUAGUUAAAUAAAAAAGUAAGACACUCACCUGGGCAAGUACAUUGUUUUCCCAGACAACAGAAUAGCUUUGCAAAACCAGUUGAAUAUUUGAACUACACUCACCCAGUGGGUCUUCCUCAACCAGUGGCCUUACCUCCACUAUGGUUGCUUUAAAAAAAAGACAACCAGUUGUUUGUUCCCUUUUGGCACAGAUUAGAUUUUUGCUCAGCUAAGCCAGUAGCUUUAACAUGUGGAUGAAAUGGGUUUACUUGUACGUUAAGUAGUAAUAAAUGUAACUCUUCAAAGAGGCCUACAAACAUUGUGUUAAGGUUUUAGAAAAAGACCCAGAACUAUGCAUGUUUGUCCAAAAAAACAGAAAUAACAUAUUCCUUUGUGUUGGUUCAUUUAAAAAAAAUAAAAGUCAAAUCUUUGCCACAAAGAUUUCUGUCUUACAUUCCUUCAUUGUGUUUGUGAAACUCAGUUCUGUCAGUCUGAAAUCUGCCUUGUUUAUGUAAAGUUUAAUUUUUUUUGUCACAUGUAACAAACUGUUCAUCCAAUAACCUGCACUGGUUUGUAUGAGUAACAAAUAGACUGGUGUUUUAACAGUGCCAAUGAUUUCAGAGUUACCUUUCUUUUCAGUUUGUUUUUCUUUUGUGAACUAAUGCAAACUUGUGUUUUUGCCUGUUGUGUUGUUUUUAAUUGUUUUAUUGCGUAUGACUGUGUACUUCCUGUAGUGUUUUUGUGUGUGUGUGUGUGUGUGUAAUGUGUGCUCCCACUUUUUUAUAAAACAUUACAUGAAUAUGUUUUGACUUAACUAAUAAAUAAAUGAAGAACUCAUGUUG